CGAGUGGCGCUUGAACUCGUCCCUGAGCUGACAGAACAGACAGGGUGCCAAAACUUACUCGUCCCGUCGCCUACAAGCUGUCGACAUCUCGCGAGCUUUGCGACGUGGCUUUGUUUUGUCGCGCUUGCACAGCGUGAAGGCGGAAUCAUAACAGAAGCGGAACCGCAGCCGGAGAAUCGACUCUUUGCCAAAACAUAGAACUUAGAGGCGUUUAUUUUAUUUUAUUGUGCAGAUCAAAUUUGGACAGACUUUUUUUUGUGUGUGUGUACAUAUGUGUAAUGUGGACGGUUUAAACUGGGCGUCUAAAGUGCAUUGUUUAAUGACAUUUUAAAGUUCCUGUUGAUGCUAUAAUCCUUGAACACUGAUGGCAGAAGGAGGGUUUGAUCCCUGUGAAUGUAUCUGCUCUCAUGAGCAUGCCAUGAGGAGACUCAUCAACCUGCUGAGGCAGUCGCAGUCCUACUGCACAGACACAGAGUGCCUUCAGGAAUUGCCAGGACCCAGUUCUCCAAUAGGGGGCGAUCUGACUCUGCCUAUGAUUAUUAUGGGCUGGAUCGUGUUGGCACUGGUACUUUUUCUGCUUCGUCCUCCCAACAUGAGAAGACCCAGAACCUCCAACAAACCCACUAAUCCCUUUAAUAAUAACAGCAGAGAUCCUCCGGCACCUCCAGUAGACUAGUGACGAACCAGGGCUCCUGACUCCAAACCACGACCAAGACGUUUCGCCUACGACCCGAGCGUUAAACCCGUCUUCCGUCUGAUCGGCUCCUCUUCCUCUUCUAUCUGUUAGGACUGAUUACUUUUUAAUCCUGAAACUUUUCUAUAAUCGAGUGGAGUAUUAACAUGAAGUGGUUAAGGAAAUAACAAUAAUUAAGCCAAAGCAAAGUCUUUUUUUUCUUCUUCUUUUUUUUUAAAGACUUAAAGUUCACCACCACCCUUAAAAAACUAAAACAUUUAAGACGUGUGUAUUCUCCAUGGUGUUAUAUUAAGUAAACAAAAGUAAGUAUAGCUCAAGACACCAUGACUAAUCCUAGACGAACACAUGAUUCACGGUAAGGUUGCCUCUUCUAGAUGGGGGUGUAUUUCAGGGUGGAGGUUGUAGCACAUUCUGCACGAGCUGCGUCAGUUCGCUCACUUCUGAUGUCAUUCAUGAGGUCAGAACAAGGGCCUUGGCUCCGGUGCAGUAUGACUCUUGAAGCCAGUUUGCAAGAAAUUCGUGCUCUCACACCACUUAACACACCAGUCAGUUCGCAUUUUUUCUUAAUUUUAGUUUCAGAAUAACUGAAGCUGAACACCGAGGUUAACAAGAACGCUGAGUGUGUGUCAUGAGUGUGUGGGUGUGGCACGAGCAGAGCUGUGGACCGUCUGGGAUCAUUGAAGGCUUCUUUAGGACCAGACACAGAGUUUAGCACUUAAUGAACAGAUUUCAAUCUAAUUGUUUUUUGUUUUUUUGAUUGGCCAGCAAAUGACCAAAAUAUGCCGUAAAGUCAUAAACAUUUAUAGACCGCCAGCCUAUACAUUUAGUUUCACUACGCAAUCGUUUACAUGAUCCACUUUCACAUGAGCAAGUUACUGCUGAAUAACCAUCCAAUAUAACGAUGAAUCCAAACAGGGAACGUUUAUUUAUGGCCUUUUUAAAUAUCCGACAAAAGACAUUUGAGGGUUCCAAAAAAGUUCUAUUUCCACAUCUUAACAUUCGAAGGACCUUUUUACUGUGUGUUUCAAAAGUCUGUAGCAUAAAAAAAGACCGUAGCAUCAGGAUAGUCGUAUAAACAGUUCGAGACUUGCUGUGUUGUAAUGUUUACUAAUGUGACAUAUAAACCUGUUCCACUUGUGUUUGGAGUACAUAAUAUCUCGAUCAUUAGUCAGGCAUGGAAAACAUUUCUGGAUGUUCCUCUGAAUUAUUAGUACUUACACAAAUUUAAUUCAGAUUAGAAUUGGCUCUAAGAGAAAGGGCUUCAAAUAUGCACUUUUGGUUACUGAACAUAAAUAGUUAAUAAAAUCUAUAUCAUGCA